AAACCAUUGAUAAGUACUUAUUUUGAAGUGUGAUACCUUUGAUUCAGCUUAAAUGGUUACCUUUCAGUACUUAAAAGGACAACAGGACUGAGUGAAUAUAUUUACUGAAACCUCCAGUCUCUAGUUAUCAUAGAUUUAUAUACAUAUAUGUACGCAUAUAUAUAAUUUUACGUAUAAAAAUGAUUUAUUUGGGUGGACGAAUGUUGAAUAAAGCAGUAGGAUAAGAACUAUUGGGGACAAUUCUAGUAUUCUGUAGCCUUCCAGCCAGCAAUUUUGUCGGGCCAAAUAGGGCACUCUUUGGGCAAACAAACGACCAAAAUCUGCCUGUCUAGUCAAUCACAGUAAAUGUUGAGCCCAGUAUUGAACGACAAGUCUGAUGUUAGGCCUUGUUAAGUGCACACAGGGCCAAACGUUAAGCCACUGCUUUUGUCAGGCCAAAUGGGUAAUUUGUAGAAAUGUAGGGCCAGACGUAAGGCCAAGUAUGCCAAAAGUGGGUCCAAAUACGUAAAGCCAUAAGCAGAGGAUAUGUUGCAAGACCCUAUGCAUGGUCCGACAAAAAUAAUGGCUGUGCUUUCUAAACUUUAUUUCUAUUUCCAUUCACUAUUACUUUGACCUUCUUAUUUCUGUUUUAGUUUUCUGUGAUUGGUUAGUUGUGAUCUCAGUUCGGAAUAUACAGGUGAUCGAAAUCACACAUUAAAUGCAGUUUCACUUCACGCUAUCACUAGUAAUCUUUCAGGAAGAAUAUUUCAUAAACUGAAAAUAAACCGUUUGAUCCAUACAAAAGCUAAGUUCAGAAGAGAUAUGGGUGGAUUAGAACGUACUUACCUUGCAAAAAUAACAGUAACCCAAAGCGCAACUGUGCAUGACACCCUAGUAAAGUUUACUUGAGAAUUCAAUUCGUAAUUUAUAGCAGUAUGUCACCUAUCUGUUUUAAAUUCUAUCUAUUAUCCAAGUAAUCAAGUAAACAACCAUAGAAAGCAACUAAAAACUUUACCACAUUGACAAAAUAUACGACCUGUACAUUUUAAUAUAUUGUGAAGGUGCUUAUACUUCCAUUCACAGCUAACAUAAACACUGGAUGACUUCAUAAAUCUUUACAGUUUUGAUCAAGUUGCUACUAACCUUAUGGGACCUACUUCUCACUAAGCCUGAAGUGUAUUACAUGCCUUAAUAUUUUCAAUGAGUAUAGCUUAACAACUUAAUACAGUCACCUAUUCCUCUUGUGGGUUUAACAUUUGUUCAAUGUUCCUCUUUUUAUAUGAGUAAGAUUCUAAGGAAACUAUUGACUCAGUAUUCAUAAUUUCUUAUUUCAUUCAUCUUCAAAAUCAUAAUUGUUAUAAAUUGGAUUACUGUGCAUUACAUUGUCUUUUAGUAAACACCUAAAAAAAAUUUGUAGGCAUCAUCAUGAAUUUUAACUAACUGAAUUAUUUCCACUCAUUUUUCGAUUUCUUAGACUGUCAGUUAGUUAGAAUUAGUAAAAUCUCAUAAAAAAAAUAAGUAAAGUGAUGGAAACAUUAAAUUCUUUCAUUGCCUACUGUUAAACAAAGUUUUGAUGCUUAAAAUUCUAGGAUCAUGAUAUUCAUUAUCUCAAUUUAUCAAUCUUAGAAUAAUAUAACCUCAUUCUAUUAAUUAUUAUGUAUCAGAAAAUGGCUAAUGUUUUGUACUGUUUCAUUUUUGACUACUUUUAAACAUUUGUUGAGAUCAACACAAAGAUUAAAUGUUCCUAUUCUGAUCUUCAUCUGACCACAUAUUUAGGAUUAUCGUUAGCCAGAUUAUAAUCUUAUAGUAUCGAUCUAUAUCAUUGUCAUCCUUUUACCUUUAGCCUAAUCACACACACACACAUACAUAAAUGGUUCAGAUUUCACAAAUUGAAGCAUAUUUAUCCUUUAAAGAAAAAGCUGAAAUUUAUCAUCUAAGAUGUAUUUUUGAAUCGAUUAUUGGUGGAUUAAUGCUUGAACAACCAGAAAAACCUAUAAACUAUAUUAAAAAACGUUUAAUUGAUACAAAGCAUAUUAUAGAAACUGGUAGAUUACAUAAUGAAUUAUAUAUAUGGCCAUAUCAUCCAAUACUUAAUCAAUGCAAGUCUAUAAUAAAUGAUGAAAAUUAUAAAUAUCUUAAAAAUCAUUUUUAUUAUCAUUUAAAAUAUUUACAAGAUGAAAAUAAACCACUUGAAGUUGUUCAAAUUGAUAAACCAUUAUUUUCUUUAACUGAACUCUAAUUUAAACCAUUAAAAUAUCUAUGUAGUACAUUGGAAUUAGACAAUACAUUCUCUCUUAUAUGAUUAUCUAUUUUUGUCUAAUUCCAAUGUCUUUGAACGAUUUUCUCUAGUAUCUUCUAUAUGUUAUAAAUUAGCUAUUUCAUGUAUUAUUAAUUUGAAAUAAUUACAAGGGAUAUCUAGUUAUAUAGUUAGCUAGAUUGUUUCUAGUCAGAUGGCCUA